AUGGCUGUGGUACUAUGGGCACUGUCUGUUCUGUUACUGCUGGUCCUGUCAUCCCCCGGGGUCUGCUCAGCCCCCAGCGCCCAGCACCUGUGUGGCUCUCACCUGGUGGAUGCCCUCUACCUGGUCUGUGGGGAACAAGGGUUCUUCUAUAUCCCCCACAGAUCCCCCAGAGACCUACUCCUGCAACACCUCAUAGGUGAGACUGAGAACGGGUGAUUUGAAGGGUGGAGGCACUAUAUUCAAUAUAUUUUAAAUACAUGAUGCUAUUUUAUUAUAAGCCGACACAUUUUGAAAGAGAGGGUAUAUUGUUAAAGGGAUAUUUCUGGAUUUUUGCAAUGAGGCCCUUUACCUACUUCCCCAGAGUCAGAUGAACUAGUGGAUACCAUUCAUGUCUCUGUGUACAUUAUGAAGGAAGUUAGUUAGUUUCGUGAGCCAAUGCUAACUAGUGUUAGCGCAAUGACUGGAAGUCUAUGGAUAUCUGCUAGCAUGCUUUCCUGUAACCUUUAACAAGUCUAUAGUCCUGCAGUCCCCCUCCCCUCCCUAUAUUAAAUUCAAUUCAAUUGGCUUUAUUGGCAUGGGAAAGAUAUGUUUACAUUGCCAAAGCAAGUGAAAUAGAUAAGAAACAAAAGUGAAAUAAAAAAAUAAAUAAUGAACAGUAAUCAUUACUCCUGAGUGGUUCAGCGGUCUAAGGCACUGCAUCUCAGUGCUAAAGGCGUCACUACAGACCCUGGUUUGAUUCCAGGCUGUAUCACAAUCCGGCCGUGAUUGGGCGUCCCAUAGGGUGGCGCACAAUUGGCCCAGCGUCGCCCGGGUUUGGCCGGGGUAGGCCGUAAUUAUAAUUAAGAAUUUGUUCUUAAGUGACUUGCCUAGUUAAAAAUAUAUAUAUAUUACCCACAGGUUUCAAAGGAAUAGACAUUUCAAAUGUCAUAUUAUGGCUAUGUACAGUGUUAUAAUGAUGUGCAAAUAGUUGAAGUUCAAGAGGGAAAAUAAAAAUAUUAAUAUGGGUUGUAUUUACAAUGGUGUUUGUUCUUCACUGGUUGCCCUUUUCUUGUGGCAACAGGUCACAAAACUUCCUGUUGUGAUGGCACACUGUGGUAUUUCACUCAAUAGAUAUGUAAACUGAGGGAAAUAUGUGUCUCUAAUAUGGUUAUACAUUUGGCAGGUUAGGAAGUGCAGCUCAGUCAGUUUCCACCUCAUUUUGUGGGAAGUGUGCACAUAGCCUGUCUUCUCUUGAGAGCCAGGUCUGCCUACCUCAAUAGCAAGGCUAUGCUCACUGAGUCUGUACAUAGUCAAAGCUUUCCUUAAUUUUGAGUCAGUCACAGUGGUCAGGUAUUCUGCCACUGUGUACUCUGUUUAGGGCCAAAUAGCAUUCCAGUUUGCUUAGUUUUCUGGUAAAUUAUUUCCAAUGUGUCAAGUAAAUAUAUACAUAUUUUCUCAUUUUGGUUAGGUCUAAUUGUGUUGCUGUCCUGGGGCUCUGUGGAGUCUGUGAACAGAGCCCCAGGACCAGCUUGCUUAGGGGACUAUUCUCCAGGUUCAUCUCUCUAUAGGUGAUGGCUUUGUUAUGGAAGGUUUGGGAAUUGCUUCCUUUUAGGUGGUUGUAGAAUUGAACGGCUCUUUUCUGGAUUUUGAUCAUUAGCGGGUAUCGGCCUAAUUCUGCUCUGCAUGCAUUAUUUGGCGUUUUAUGUUGUACACUGGGAAUGUUUUUGCAGUAUUCUGCAUGCAGUCUCAAUUUGGUGUUUGUCCCAUUUUGUGAAUUAUUGUUGGUGAGUGGACCCCAGACCUCACAAACAUAAAGGGCAAUGGAUUCAAUAACUGAUUCAAGUAUUUUUUAGCCAGAUCCUAAUUGGGAUGUCAAAUGUUAUGUUCCUUUUGAUGGUGUAAAGGCCCUUGUUGCCUUGUCUCUCAGAUUGUUUACAGCUUUGUGGAAGUUACCUGUGGCACUGAUGUUUAGACCGAGGUAGGUAUAGUUUGUGUGCUCUAGGUUAACGGUGUCUAGAUGGAAUUUGUAAUUGUGGUCCUGGCAACUGGACCUUUUUGGAACACCAUUAUUUUUGUCUUACUGAUAUUUACUGUCAGGGCCCAGGUCUGAUAGAAUCUGUUCAGAAGAUCUAGGUAGGCCCUCCGUAGUUGGUGACAGAAGCACCAGAUCAUCAGCAAACAGUAGACAUUUGACUUCAGAUUCUAUUCUUUCAUCUGUGAAGAGGGUAUGUUGAAGAGGGUAUACCUUCUCUUGAAGUUUGUCACAUACUGUAGCUGUCCCUAUUGAUCUUUUGUCGAGACCGUUCCUAACUACCGCCUUCCUUGUGAAUUCUCCAGAUUCCUUAUUAUAUUUGCUCCCAGAACAUGAUCUAAGUGGAUCUAACACCUCAGUUAAAACCGUGCUGCUCAAGCAUCCCAUUGAAGUGUCUGAAGUUAACUUUACUUCAGAGGUAGGAAGCUGUGCUACGUCUGUCAGAUCUCUCCUCUGAAGGAUGUGGCGAGCCUUAAACAAGACUAAAAUGGAUUGUGAAGCUCCGAUAACACGCCCAUUAAGUCUCUGUUAAACAGCCAACAGUCUAAAUUGUAUCUUGCGUCUGUGAAGGAGUUUGCUGAUAUGCUUUACUUCACAGCUUUUGGGAACUCUCGCUUUCUGCAUCCCUCCAUUUCUCUCCCUCUACAUCAAAGGGUUCCUGUCUAAGAGGAGCAGACAGGGUUGGAGGGUGAAGCAGGAACGUCCAUGGAAGGACCAUGAAGACCAGAAGGUGAAGAGAGGCAUUGUGGAACAGUGCUGUCAUCAGCCAUGUAGCUUCAGCCACCUGCAGAGCUACUGCGACUGA